AUGUACGCUAUACUGGGGUCUGCCAACUUCUUGGGCAAUCCGGUUCGGCUGUUCAAUACUAUGGGCUCGGGUGUCAAAAGCUUCUUUUACGAGCCAAUAAAGGGAGCCAGUCGGUCGCCUUUGGAGUUUGGGGUGGGCCUCGCGAAAGGAAGUUCGGCACUUGUCUCACAUACUGUCAGUGGUGUCACAGGAUCACUGUCUACCGUUGGUUUUACUAUCGGCAAAG